AUGGAUUCUUUUGAGGACCUGAACCCCCACAUGCCAGGGAGGGACCUCGUAGGAGCGCGACGCAGCUAUGGGCUGCCCUAUGUCGACCUGAUCGCCACUUGGGCCGUGUGGAUCGGCCUUCGACAUGAAAUUCUUUGUCCUCCUCACAUUUUCCAUCCACCCCCUGCCUCCUUUCUUCCUCUCUUCUCCUUCCUCCCUCCUCCCGUGCUCUGUCCUCCCAUCGCCUCCCCUCAUGGAGCUCAUCACUCCGCACAUGGCCUCCUCCGUGCCCUCCUCCUCCCGUACACUCCCCUCCCCUCCCAUCCCAUCCCUUCCCAUCAGCAGAAAGGAGAGAAGAACACAAGGGAGGGAGAUCCACCACAACCCAGCCAAAGCUUUCUCACCUCGCCGGCAGGUCCCUAUGUCGUCCCCCGCCUCCUCCUCCCCCAGCCCCGACCAUAUUCCCUUCCGCCACACCUGCCUACUCCGCCUAAUCCACCGCUGUCUCCAACUCCGUGGCAUACGGAGACAACAUCAUCAACCCGCCGCUCACCUACUUUGACUUCCAACCCUUCGACCGCAUGGAGCCUGCGCACGUCCGCCCGGGAUCCACGCGCUCCUCGCCCACCUUCCAUGGCAGGAAUGGCAUCGGAAGGUUCCCAGUUUGACACUAAGAAUUAUGAUUCUGAGAUGAAGGAGCUGCUGCACCGGAAGGUCCGAGAUGCUAUUGGUGCUGGUCUUGUUCCUUUGUCUAGGAUGACCAUGGAAGUCCCAGCCCUGACUAUGGCCCUCAAGUGACGUCGGCCUUUGAUCGCCAUCGAAGGAGCUCCAUGCUGAAGAAGAGAACACUUGUAGAGCUUGUAACCGUGAUUCCCAUACUUGUAGAGCAUGUAUGUAGUUAUUACACUUGUAGAGCUUGUAAAGUACAACUUGUAUUCUGUGUCACUUGUAGAGCUUGUAUUGAUUCAUUUUACACCUUGUA